AUGGCAGAAUCCUUCCAGCACGCAGGCCAUUCGGACUUUGACCAGACCAGUGCGCAGUUCAUCAAAUGGUUUACCGAGGCUGAUGGGACUCGCUGGAGUUCAAAGGUGCAGUUGCAGGAUCUGAGAAAUGAAAACGCCGGGAGAGGGGCGGUUGCGACAGCAGAGAUUGCGGAAGACGAAGAGCUCUUCGCUGUGCCUCGAUCACUGGUGCUCACCACCACGACAUCAAACGUCCCACCCACAGCCAUCCAGCCCUUGGAGGAAACCGGAACAUGGCCACCCCUCAUUGUCACCAUUAUCUAUGAGUACCUCAAAAAGGACGAUUCUCCAUGGCACGCAUAUUUCAAGGUCCUGCCUACCACUUUUGACACACUCAUGUUUUGGAACAGUGCUGAGCUUGCUGAGCUGCAAGCCAGUGCAGUGGUUCAGAAGAUUGGACGACAGCAAGCUGAAGAGUCAUGGCGAGAGACCAUCAUUCCCGUCAUGCUGGCACACCCUGAUCAGUUUCCUGUUCCCGGAGCCACUCCAGUUGAACGGACUGUGGAACUCAUCAAGCUUGCCCAUAUGGCUGGUAGCUUGAUCAUGGCAUAUGCUUUUGACAUCGAUAGAGAUGACACGAGAACCAACAACGACGACAACGACGACAACGACGACGACAACUCCUCCGGCGACAACUUUGAGGAGGACGAUGAAGAUGAACCCUUCAAGGGCAUGGUGCCAUUUGCUGAUAUGCUGAAUGCCGAUGCCGAUAGAAACAACGCUCGUCUUUUCCAAGAGUCCGACUAUCUCAUCAUGAGGGCCACAAGGCCGAUAUCCACUGGGGAGCAGAUCUUCAAUGAUUACGGUCCCCUCCCACGCUCCGACCUUCUCCGAAUGUAUGGCUACAUCACCGAUAACUACUCUCAGUACGAUGUCGUCGAGAUCUCGCAUGACCUUCUCGUCGAUGUGGCAGGGAAGAAACACAACCAGGAGAAUAAAGCAUGGUUGAAGAGGGAGGAGCAGCUUGAUGAGCUUGGCCUAGUCGACGAUGGCUAUGUCGUUCAUCGGCCUGAGCCAAAUGCUCAACGCUUGGAUGAUGUCCUUCCCGGCCAGUUACAUAUGCUUUUGCGAGCGCUUUGUACGCACGAUAAUGACGCCAGAGCCAUCAAGAAGCCCAAGGACGCGAUCACAAUCGAAGAAGCCGCACUCCUACAGGCGGUGCUCACCAAAAGGUUGACCGAAUACAGCACCAGUUACGAAGCGGACCAAGCUAUUUGCGAAGCAUUACAGUCAGAUUCCCCCAGCACUGUUGUGCCUCUCAGUUGCCAUCACCGGCGAUACUUGAUGGCAGUCCAGGUAAGAAUGGGUGAGAAAGAGAUCUUACGACAGUGGAUUACCCUAUGCCAAUUCCACAUCAAGCAGAAGUCCGAAGAAAUGGCCUCUGGAUCGUCCAAACGGAAAUACGAUGCCACAACAGGCUUCCAAUCAAAACAAGCAGCAAAAAAAGAGAAGCAUCGGUGA